UAGAAAAUGCGCUACCUUUCUGGAUGAUCCUUCAAUAUUUUUUUUAUCGCGACUAACCAAAAUAAAAAUCUGGAAAAUCAAUAAUGAACCUUUCUUUUAUAUGUAAAUUCCAUUAUUUGUGAUCUGACAAUCAUGCCACCCCGUAUUAGACGACGUAUAACGUCAGCAACUAGGGAGCAGAUUGAAUUGGAGCAAGAAGAAAUAUCAAAGGUAAUAGUCAGGCCUUUUGAUAUACUAAAUGAAUUGCCACUAUCGUUUGCUUCACCUCCCACUGAUCACUAUCAAGAUGUAUUGAAAAAUCCAUUAACUAUCAAAGACUCUGGAGUCUUAUAUAGAUCAUUAAUGAAAUCUCGAUAUAAUUAUAUUCAUGUCUGUCCAAUGUUCAAAUUGUAUUGGAUAAAACAAAGUUCAUAUGCAAAGAAAUUGAUGGAAAUGGACAAACCAGUUCCAAAAUCCCUGAAAGAAGAAGGAUUAGGGGAUAGAGAACCAGUUCUUGGAUCUGAAGUAAGUGCUAGAGAUGUUAUGGUGAAGCUCUGUGAUUCAACUAUAUCAUUAGGUCCACAUUCAUUUGAAAUUCGAUUAUUUAUAGUUAAAGACGAUCGAUCAGAUAAACCUGAGAAGCCAGAAAAGCCAUCCAAGAAAGGCGAUACAAAUUCCGAGCAAACUCCAGAUGUUAAAGCAGGUGAAGAUCAAUCUGGCGAUAAAGAUAAAACAGAAGAAACUCUGGAAAAGAUUGUUGAAGUUAAUGAUGAAGAAGAAAACGGAACAAAAAUGGAUUCUGAUUCAAAAUCUGAGGACAACAAAGAUCAAGAAAUUAACAAUGAAGAAGAUGCUAAAGUUGCUUCUGACCCAACUGUAACAGAGGAAGAAAACAAGACAGAAGUUGAUAAAGUUGAUGAAAGUGAAAAAGCGUCAGAAAUAGAAAAUAAAUUACCAAUAGAGGAAGAAGAAAAGUUGUCCUUGAAGCAGGGUAAUGAUGAGCCGACCGUAACAACGGAAACUAAGAAAGAUGAAGAAGCAGAAACUCCUGUUAAACAAGGAAAAGGUAAAAAAACUGCCAAGUCAAAACCCAAGAAGACGAAAGCUGCGAAGUCAAAACAAGAUAAUGGUUCUGAAAAUGCAGAACAAAGCAAAGAUGCCAACAAAGAAACUAAUGAAGAAAAUGGUCAAGCAAAUAAUCAAAAGCCCCAAGAAGGCAGUGCUACUUCUGAUCCCAUCACAGGUGCUUCUACUCCACAGCCAUCAUCUUCGACCGCUGAUCCUCCACCACCAUCCUCUAAUGACAUGAGUUCAAUUGAAAAUACUAUCAUGAUUUCAAAUUUAAAUACAAUAGCGAAAACUGAUGAAUCGUUAAAUGGAUUAAUGAAAAUAGUUGCUCUGGGUAAAGCAUCUCCACAGCAAAUUGUAACUUUCCAAGGUUAUAUUAAAAGAGCAAGAGAUAUGGGAGCUCAACCACAUCAUGCAUUUUUGUUUCAAAAACCUGGAGUUAAUGUACCAUUUCCAAAUCCAUUCCAUCCAAAGAAACCACCAAAGGAAAAGAAACCACCAAAGGAGAAGAAGCCUCCUAAAGAAAAGAAACCUCCGAAGGAGAAAAAGCCACCAAAGGAAAAGAAGGUUAAAUUGCCUACGGAUCAAAAAUUAACUGCUUUCCAAGAGAAAUACGUAACUGAUGCUACGCUAUUAUUCGAAUAUGUUGAAAAUUCUAAUGUGAGAUUCAUGUUACCAAAGGAUGCUGUUUGCGAAGUUGUGCCGCCGACCACAUUAACCAAUGCCGAUGGUGAUGAUAAUUCUGAUAACAAAGAUAUAAUAGUAAGUUUCUUGUGGAUACACAAUCAAAAGGAAAUGGAUGUCUACGAAAAAGAUUUGGAAAUAUAUAAUGGUAAGAUCAAGCAAAAAGAAGAGGAAGAAGCUAAAAAGCUUGAAGAAGAACGUAAGCAGUUGGAAGCUGAAUCAAAAGAGAAUAAUGAAGAGAAUAAUGAAGAGAAUAAUGAAGAGAAUAAUGAAGAAAAUAAAGAAGAGAAGGAUAAAGAUGUCAAAAAAGAAAAUGAAGAAGAAUCUGAGCCUGUGGGGUCUAGGAGACGACUUAGAGCAUCGGCAACUCCAAAACCAAUGCCUCCUAAGAAGAAGAAGCCUGUCAAGAAGCAAGCUGUUGCAAAACCCCUUGUUCCUCCAGUAGAACCUGAGAUUAGAUUUACAGCUUUAUCUUUUACCAUACAUGGUAUUCCUUCAAAAUUCGUUCCAAUCAUUGCUAAUAGUGUUUCGCCAUUAGAGGAAGUCCAAAAGAAAAUGGCACAUAUCAUAAAUGUUGGUGUGAGAUUUAAUAAUUUCUACUUAUGGUAUCAAGUUGAUGGAAAGUUGGACGAAGAGCUUGCUGAGAAUAUUAGAGUCCAGUUGGUGAAUGAAGAAAAGAAAAUGCCAGGUGUUACCGCAGCUCCAGUGAUAUCUGAAAAGGCAGCACUAGCCAAGGAGAAGAAAAGAAAAUUAAAGGAAAAGGGUGAGCCUAAACCUAAGAAGUCAAAAACUAAUAAAGGAGUCAAACUAGAGGACACCGAUGCUGCAUCUACUCCGAUCGAGAAUGCAACUCCUACUGGUACACCAGCUCCAGAAAGUUCUGUUGAACCAAAUCAAACUCCUGUAAAGGAAGAAAUCGAAACUGAAACUACACCAAUGGAUGUAGAUGACUCUUCGAUUAUUCCUGAAUCAAAUAAUAUUACAGUCAGUUAGUUUGUACA